AUGUUGCGCCAGCUGCCCGGUUCCAAGGGCAGUAGAAUUGCAUUUUGUCCACUGGUGCAAGGCAACUCUCCCAAAAUGAGGGUCCUUUUUGUUCUGACGAUCCUCAUUGCAUUUGCAAGUGCUUCUCAAGCAGCUUGCCCCACCGGCCUCACCACGGCCAACGCGACCAUCACGACAAAUGACGUUAUCCUGAUCACGUCACCCCUCCAGAGCUACAACGACUCCCUGGCCGCCUGCGAGUGUUUUGGAGAUGGCUGGAAGCUCGGCAACUCCACCGCCAUCUUCGACCGCCACGCUUCGAGGUCCAACCAAUCAGCGGCGGCAAACGCGGCCCUCAAAGCGCUUAUGCUCACCAGUCUGAGCGCCCCGGUGAAGGCGUGGUUCGGUUACCAGUUUGUUGACUACAGCCUGAACACGUGUCCGUCGUUCGAGGUGGAUCCGAGCUUUACGGCUACGGACCUAUCUCCGUGCACGGAUAAGUAUGCGGCGGUCUGCGCCAGGAGCAAGCUGGUCUACAACCCUGUUGGGAGUGCCUGUGACAACAACCUCCAGUUGUGCGCUCCCGGAGGGUACUGCGACGCUACUGGAACAUGCGCCGUCGACACGGUCUGCUACCCGACCAACCCCUGCAUGGCGGGGCUCGCCACCGGCUACUCCAGCAACAAGCUGGACACAAUCUGCACCGUCACCCCGGGCGCGCCCGGUGGUUACAAGUGUGAAUGCGGCCAGAUCCAAGCCGUGACAACCGGGCCCGGCCCCCAGACGUGCGUGGAAUGCCCGUCGGCGAAUCCGUGCGCGCUGAUCAGAUGCCCGGCAGGAUCCGGCUGCGCGUACACCUGUGGCGACCCCCGGGGACUGCGCUGCGAGACCUCAGCUGGAGUCGUGGUUCCUAGUAUCACCAGCGCCCCCACCACGCCAGCUCCCUCUACGGUCUCCACUAACACGAACGUCGCCGGCACGCCCGCACCUACCAGCGGCGGAAACGCCUGCCAAGCCAACCCGUGCGGCGCCGGUGGCGUCUGUUCCCUUACGCCAUCCGCCGGUUAUUCCUACACGUGCGUCUGCUCCAACGGCUUCGUCUCCAACGGGGGCAAGUGCACCCCACGUCCGGUAGAACCGUAUCAGAGCGGAUUCUAGACAGGAGCCUGAGCGAGGAUGCUGAUUGAUGACCCGCCGACCAUUCGGCAGGUGCUAACAGUUCUGAGAACGAUUAAGAAGGCACGCAAUCUUAUGCUAGUUUUGCUCGAAUUCUUAAUCGGCCCACAGUCGCACUUCGUCUGAAUAUCGAAGUGCGACUUUGGCCCCGUCGCACUUCGUAAUUAUUUCAAUGUAGGUCGCAACGCAGUCCCUUUUCAGUCAGAUUCUGUUAGCCGCUUCCUGUCUAAGUUAUGUGAGUAGGUAGCGCUAGACGUCAAUCGCCUCCCAACUAAUCCUGAAACCUCCGAGUCUUCAUCGUUUAAUCGCUGAGGUUAAUCUGAGUCAGAAUCAGGCCCGCCUUUACUGCGUUAGGUGAGGUAGUAAAUUUUGUUAGCAGCUGUCUUACCAAAAUGAUCUGAUUGCCUUUAUUGACUAAGUGUUUGUGCCAGAGUAUUAAUUAUCCACUCUUGCAAGCUCUCCACUAUAAACUUGCAGUGACAACCCGCACUCGACUUCAAUGGCCAUACGCGCGCACAGAUGUCAUUGAUAACUUACGGC